CAGAUGGGCAUGAGCUCGUUUUAUCAUUGUAGUCAUAGAUCACAGUUAACUAGCGUACUGUGUAUUAACACUUUUAGUUUUCCAAGAGUCCUCAGAGAUUAAUUCCUCAGCUCACCUGUGAAUCUUCCUGUCAGAGGAGUCGCUGUUGUGUUGUGCUUCAUCGAAUGGUCUUCACCGUCUACCGUCACUUUGAAAUAAUAUUGCUGUGUUGUCGAUGAGAUUGUUGAUUCGCUCGAGUUUGAAUGAAGAAGUCUGACGCGGUGAAAUGAGGAUUUUAUUCUCGGGAUAAAAAACUGAAAUUUCAGCGCUCUAUUUUGUUUGUUAUAUUAUUUGUGUAUCAGUUCAGACAAAGGCAUUUCUGAUAUGGCGAAGGAGUGAAUUCAACAAUGUCACAGAUGGCAUCUCCAGGCGGAAUUGGCCCUUCUUUACCAGCCUCGUGGGUGAUAACAUCUGAAGAUCGGACUAAACACGAAGCGACCUUUCAAAGUUUGAAUCCAGCGAGUGGUUUUCUGACAGGAGAACAAGCCAAGAAGUAUUUCCUGAAGUCUAAUCUUUCACCAAUGGUGUUAGGUCAAAUAUGGAAUCUUGCAGACAUGGACCGGGAUGGCAAGAUGACCAUGCAAGAAUUCACAAUUGCUGUUCAUUUAAUACAAAACAAGUUAAAAGGAGUGGAAUUGCCCACAUCUCUCCCUAACAGUUUAAAAAUGACCUCAAUGCCUAGCACUUUUCAGGUGGGGCAACAGAAAACAAAACCUUCUACUGAUUGGGGUCAGUCUCCUAACCAACCAAUAUCAAAUGGCUUCUCAAAAGUGGGUAUAAUGACCCUGCCACACAAACAAACUUCAGGCAUUUCAUGGUCAGGAAUAAACCAAUCACCACCACAAACAAGAGCUGCGGUUUCUGGAUCAUCUUCUGUAUUUGGUUCUUCUUUUGGACCACAGAUGUCAGCAGGCGUACCUGCAGCGUCAUUGUCAUCAUCAUUUAAUGUUGGAAUGAGCAGUAGUUUAAACACUGCUGCUCCUAGUGCAGCAAUAAUAAAUGGGCCUGGAGGUCAAAGUCAGAGUGGUUUUGGGCCAGGAAUUCCUAAUGUCCGCAGAGCUAACUCACUGACUGGAAGUUUUAGUCAAGUUGCAACAGGAACGUAUGGAACUAUAUCACCAAACAAUAGACUAAAAUAUAAUCAGAUGUUUAAAGCAAAUAAUUAUCAGAAGACAGGCUUUUUAUCAGGGGAACAAGCUCGAAGUAUGUUAAUUCAGUCAGGGCUUUCGCAGGGAAUUCUUGCUCAAAUAUGGAGUCUCUCAGAUGUAGACAAAGAUGGACAGCUUAAUAUUGAAGAAUUUGCAUUGGCAAUGCACUUUGUCGAGCUGGCAAAGCAUGGUCAGGCCUUGCCCCCUACUGUUCCCCCAGAGCUUCUUCCACCUUCAUUCCAGUCACGGCAAACAAGCACUACAUUUUCACCAGUAGCAGACAGUCGUGAACGGUCUGACAGUGGACGAGAGAGAAGUGGGAGUGAAAGAGAGAGAAGUGGAAGCAUAGAUGGAAGGGCACGAUCUGGAAGUACCUCAAAUGCUAAGGGAGUUUUUACUUUUGAAGACAAGAGGAAAGAUAACUUUGAAAAGGGCCGCCUGGAACUUGAAAGGAGACGCAUGGAAUUGCAAGAAAAAAUGAAAAAAGAAAGAGAUGAGAGAGAGAGGAAAGAGGCGCUGGAGGAGGAAAGGAGACAAAGAGCAAAACUUGAAGCUGAGCAGAAGAGACAAGCAGAGCUGGAGAAACAGCGACAGCAACAGCUAGAGAUGGAGAGAGAGCAAGAAGCAUUGAGGAAGAAAAUGAUUCAACAGAGACUUGCUGCCCAAAUUGAAGCAGAGAGACAACGUCAAUUAGAAUGGGAAAAGAGAAAAAAAGAAGAACUAUUAAAUCAAAAAAAUAUGGAACAAGAUAUUGUCAAUAAUCUAAAAUCACGGGUCCAGAAACUCAAAGAAGAAUUGCUUAAAGUGAACCAGGCCAAAAAUGAAGCACAAGAGACCUUAGAGAAAGAAAGGCAAACAUGUAUGCAGUGUCAGUCAGCCCUUAAUCUUAUAAAUCAGAGCCAAGAAAUGAAACUAGCAGAGAUUAGCAGGGUUCAGUGUGAUAUCAAGGACUCCCAGCAAAGGAUAGUUGUUAUGAAGAAGGAGAGUGAACGACUCUCACAGGAAAUCAACUCAAUAGAUUCUAACAAAUUAGGAGACACUCAUGGUAAUGUAAUGGCCAGUGUACAAGACUCAGGGGGAAACUUGAGAAGACUGCAAACAUUACAGAACAACAUGGAGAGGGUUCUUUCUGAGAAAUUCAAGGAACUCGACACUGUUAAUACACAGCUUAAGGAUCUAAACACAAGUACACAGCAAUUGUCUGGACAAAAUGCCAGGCUGCAAAACAUAUCAGAAGCUAAACAAAGAGAAUACACCACUUGGAAACAACGUAAAGAUGAAGAAGAUAGACAGCGGAAAGAAAUGGAAUUGAAACGGAAACGGGAAGAAGAGGAGGCACGGAAACAGAGUGAAAGAGAGCUAGAGGCCAUGAGACAAGAACAGGAAAAACAGAGGAAGGAACAAGAGAUGCGCCGACGCCUCAAUGAAGCAAGACAGGCUGAAGAAGCUAGACGCCAAGAGGAGUUAAAAAAACAGCAGCUUAUCACGAAAGACCAGAUACUAGUCCAACAACAACAGAUGUUAGUGUCAAGUGCACCCCCAGUGAUUAGGCACAUCAGUAGUGAGUCAACCACCAGUAGUACCAGCAGCACUAGAAAAACAUCAGCUGGUGAUGUUAAGCAGAAGGUCCUUCAGAUGCAACAAAUAAUAAAGGAACAAUCAGCAGAAGUGAGACCAGCCCCUUCAAAUCUCUUUAAACCAAUUUCUAAACCAAUUUCAAAGAAGGAAUACUACAAAGUUCUGUACGAAUUUGAACCCAGAAAUCCUGAUGAGAUGGCCCUUGAAGAAGGAGACAUGGUCACGAUUGAUCCCAGUGAAAGUAAGGCUCCGCCUGGUUGGCUUCUGGGUGAGUCAAAUGGCAAGAAAGGCUUGUUCCCAGAAAAUUAUGCUGAAAAAAUUACAGAGGAAGAAGCAAAAUCAACGGCGAAAUCUCAGAAAGAAACCGUCAGUGUUUCGCCUCCAGAGAGCUCUUCUACUGUAAAGUCUCUUGCAGCAGCUCUCAGUAUGCAAUUUGCCACAGGGGGCACAAUCAGUCCAGCAGUUAUGAACCAGAACUCUUCUGUAACAAACACAAAUGUUGUCGCAGAGACCCCAAAGACUGCUACCACUCAACAGUCUGCUGAAGGCUUCAGAGUGAUGGCGUUGUAUCCUUACAGAGCGAAGAAAGAAGACCAUCUUACGUUCAAUAAGAACGACGUGAUUAUCGUCAAGGAGCAGCAAGAUAUGUGGUGGUUUGGAGAACUCAACGGCAGUGUUGGAUGGUUUCCUAAGUCUUAUGUCAAGCUUCUCGGAGGAGUUAGUGGAGCCACAAAACCUGGCGAGAUAAACGGGGCACCGAAAGAACAGCCGAGUAAGACUCUAGAAUCGAACCCUUCUCCUGAACCAAGUUCACCAACAACUCUGUUUGAGUGUGUAGCGCUGUAUAAUUACACAGGUGAAGCUGGUGACCUGAGCUUCUCUGAAGGUGAUGUUAUCAAGGUUUAUGAAGAUGAAGGCGAGUGGUGGAAAGGAAACUGCCAAGGGGAACAAGGGUUGUUUCCUGCUAACUAUGUCAAGAAAAGGGAGACGGAGGGACCAAAAGCAGCUCCUCGCAUGAAGCCAGAAAUUGCUACUGUGAUUUCGGCUUACAACGCAUUUUCAGCUGAACAGUUGUCUCUCUCACCCGGCCAGUUAAUCUUGGUCAAGAAGAAACAUCCUGAUGGCUGGUGGGAAGGCGAAUUACAGGCUCGUGGUAAGAAACGUCAAAGCGGCAUGUUCCCGGCGAGUCAUGUGAAAAUUUUGGAUAGAAAGACUUCGCCAGCAGCAAGCUCUCCAGUCACAGAAAGCGUUUAUAGCGUUCCUCCUGUGGCAAGAGUUAAACUAGAGCAGGUAUUGGCCAUGUUCCCUUACACGGCACAGAACUCUGACGAGCUCACCUUCUACAAAGGAAGCGUUAUCAAUGUAGUAAGUAAGGAUGGAGAAUGGUGGAAAGGAGAAAUGAACGGACAGACGGGCAUGUUUCCAUCAAAUUACGUUCAGCCUCUGAGCAACCUCAAAGUGGGAACGACUCAAUGGACUGGAUCCUUCGAUGAAAAAGUAUUAGCGACAAUGUCAUCAACAGAACGACAGAGACAGAAUGUUAUAUAUGAAUUGAUGAAUACAGAGCAAAGCUAUAUGGAUGAUCUGAGUGCGACUUGGGAGGUGUUCUACAAUCCUCUUGCUGAGUCUGGUCUGUUGACAGAGCAAGAACUCGGUACUGUGUUUAUCAACUGGAAAGAGCUCAUCUGGUGUAACAUGAAACUGCUCAAGGCAUUUCUCAUUCGAAAGAAGAUGAGCAACAACGUGGCAAUUACAUCGAUUGGCGACAUUUUGUGUGAAAUGUUGCCCCGCCUCACCCCAUAUGUCAGGUUCUGUAGCUGUCAGCUCAAAGCUUGCCAGUUGUUACAAACCAAGAUCGAGACUAAUCCGGAGUUUAAGCAGCUAGAGAAGAGCUGUAUAGCUGAUCCCAGAGCUAAAGGUCUUCCUUUGAGUAGCUAUCUUUUGAAGCCUUUGCAGAGAAUUUGUAAAUACCCUCUUCUUAUCCGAGAGAUCUUAAAAUUUACUCCCGAAAAUCAUUUCGACAGAGGCAACUUAGAAACCGCGCUUGAAAAAGCCGAAGAGCUCUGUCAACAGGUCAAUGAAGGUGUUCGCUCUCAAGAAAACACAGACCGCCUUGAGUGGCUUCAAGCACACGUCAACCUUGAAAGUAUCGGAGAGCGUUUGUUUUUUAAUUCCACUACAAACUGCCUCGGACCAAGAAAACUGUUGCAUUCUGGAACACUAUGGAAGGUUAAGAGUGGAAAAGAACUCAAGGCUUUCCUCUUCAAUGAUUUCCUUAUGUUAACGCGACCGCAAAGCUCCAUUGCAGGAAGUUUGUCCAAGAGGAUUGGAUUUGAAUCCAAUGAACAAGAUGCGAUAUAUGACAUUUACAGAAAGCCUAUCAUGCUGAAUGAGGUCAUCGUCAAGAGAAAUCAAGAAGUGAAUACUGAAGAGUCUGUCUUUCACAUAUCACACAUUGAUCAGACGUAUUCCUUCCGAGCUGAGUCUAAAUCCGAAAGAAAUCGCUGGAUGGAUCUAAUGGAGAAAGCUUCUACGACGUACAUUGAAACAGAACGUGAGUUGCGACAGAAAACGCAUAGAGCGCGAUCGUUUCGGACAAGCGGAAUUGGAAAAGUCACGGUGACCAUGGUCCAAGGAGUUGACUUAAUAGCUUCUGAUCCCAACGGUCAAAGUGAUCCCUAUUGUGUAGUGAGCAUGGGCAGUCAAGAACACCGCACGAAAGUGGUACCGCAGACGCUCAAUCCGAAAUGGAAUUCUCAGAUGACUUUCACGGUGAAAAGCCUUGAGCAAGAUGUGCUCUGCAUCACUGUGUUUGAUCGAGAUCUGUUCUCUCCAAAGGACUUUUUGGGUCGCACAGAGGUAAGCUUGGCAAAGCUUUUAUCGAAAGGCAAGGGACCCUGGUUGGAAAGACUGUUAUUGCACGAGGUUGGAACGGGAGAAGUGGUAGUUAGGAUUGAACUACAAUUAGAUGCGACAUAAAUGUAAUAUAAAUCAUUAUGGAAUAAACGCUAAGCGAAUGGCUAUAGCCUCUAAUAUGCAUAUGAUCACGUGUUACCUCGUGACGCCACGCCCAACUGUAGGGAGUCAUUUUUAGCUAAGUGUCAAACGUGGCACUAACUAGUAAAAGAUGUUGUUGGGGAGAGGUUUAUGUCGUUGUGAGUUUUUAUAGUAUCCACUGAUCGUUCGAGAGCAAGGAACUGCCAACGAGUCUCGAAUUUGCUCAUUCUUCAGAGGACUGUGCUUAUACAGGCUGUUCCGCCUGUUUGCGACGUGGUAACCCUUUAUACACCAGAAAAUUUAACUGAACCACUGAUGUAGAAAUUCGAAAACGGGGAUUGCCUCCGAGUGUGUCGUUUUUUCUUCCCUUUAAGGUCUAAGUUCUAAGUUCGCGAAAAUGUGUAGUUCGUAAGGACUUCUACGCGGUUGUAAUGGGUAUUUUAAUUCCAGUUGCGAACUUGUGAAAAUACCAUUUGAAGCUAGUUAACUGAAAAAAGGAUUGAUAUAUCCUGGCUAAAUGUCAAGGUUAAAUUUUUCUUUGAUAUUGAAUGGUAUGAUGACAAACCAAACCAAAACUCUUUUCUGUUAUUUGUAUUUUUUUCAAGUGCCUCUUUAAAAUGAAAGUAACAUAAUUCAAGAGUACAUGUAUGUAAUCUUUCAUCAGUGUUAUCCUCAUAAGCAUAAGAAACUAUGUAGAGAACGUGAUGUUCUUACCGAUAAUUACGUUAAAAUUCGUCUUGUAAUUAAGGUACUUUUAUUCUUCUUAGAGAAACAAAGCUUAGA